AAAUUGAAGAGAUUUCAACGCAAGUGAUUUUACGGUCAACAUACAGCCAAGAUGAAGCAAGUUAUGCUCUUUAGCAUGCUUUUUGCAGUGAUUCUGAUGGAGGUUAAAUCAGAAGAGAGCCGAUUUGAGCAGGACUUGGGUGAGCAGUUCAAGAUUGAUGCAUCCACACGUGGACUUCAAAAGGUUAAUUUGCGAUGCGGUGCCGAUUCGAUGCGGAUCGAACUGAAGACAGAGGAGGACUUCGAUGGCGUAAUGUACACGAGGGGCAGUUUCUACAAGCAGGCUGAGCCGUGCUUCGUGAAACCAAAGCGAGCUGGAAAAUCGUUGGAAAUGAAAUUCAACCUGGAUCAGUGUCAGACUAUCAAUGAGGGAGACGUGUACUCAAACAUCGUCGUCGUGCAGCAUGAUCCCGAUCUAGUGACUCCAGGCGAUGCUGCGUUUGCUGUAGAGUGUGAUUUCCGUAAACCCCGUGGUGUGACUGUCAGUUCACAAUUUCAGGCCAGAGAUAGUGUCACACCCACAUCGCGCAUCACUUUGACAAGUCCCGAUCCUUCGGCACCCACGCAAGAUCACAACGACCAGAACUCAGUUUUCAGCGAUACAGAUACGGUUUCUUUCGUACCGAGCCACUUCACUAAUCAAACCAGCGAACAACAACAAGUGAAGGGUUCGGUGGAAACUGUCGAAAUUUCCUCUAAUAGAAUCACCGACGAGUUGUGA